AUGGCCCUCGCCGACACCGAUCCGACGCCCCUCGAGCCCAUACCCGAGCCAGCCGCUCCACAGGACCCCCUCGAAGAAGUCGUCCUCCCCACACCCGCCGCUCCCUUCCAUCCCGCCGCCCUCUUCCGCCGGCCGUUCCUCCAGGUCGUCAUCAUCUCCAUGGUCUGCUUCUGUUGUCCUGGAAUGUUUAAUGCGCUGAGUGGUCUUGGAGGCGGCGGGCAGAUAGACCCAACCACCGCGGACAAUGCCAAUGUUGCCCUGUAUUCGACCUUUGCCUUGACCGCUUUUGGGUCUGGAAGUUUUGUAAACCUGCUAGGCCCCAGGCUUUCUCUAACAAUUGGAUCGGUCGGGUACACGUUAUUCAUUGGCUCAUAUCUGUCGUACAACAUCAACCAAAACAGUGGAUUUGUGAUUGCAGCAGGCGCUCUACUAGGUGUUUGUGCCGGGUUGCUAUGGACCGCGCAGGGCUCGCUGAUGCUGGCAUAUGCCACCGAGGCCACCAAAGGAAGAUACAUUGCGGCCUUCUGGAUCAUCUUCAAUCUAGGUGCAGUCCUAGGUGAAGCGGUCGCCCUAGGUAAGAACUACAACGAUACAACAGAUAGUCCGGUCUCCAAUGGGGUUUAUAUCGCCUUCUUGAUCAUCACUCUCAUCGGCACCUUCCUCACCUUCACCCUCGCCCGUCCCUCUUCUAUCACUCGCACCGAUGGCUCCCUCGUCACCGUCGAGCGUAAUCCGGACUGGAAACACGAACUCCGCGCUAUGUUUAGAACCUUGACUCAAGACCCAACAAUCCUGCUCCUGUUCCCCUUUUUCUGGGCCAGCAAUUGGUUCUAUACGUACCAAUUCAACGACUACAAUCUAGCGCUAUUCAAUCUGCGAACGCGGUCGUUGAAUGCGCUUCUAUACUGGCUGUCGCAGAUCUUCGGGUCGGGGCUAUUCGGGCUGCUGCUGGAUUACGAGCGCGCGUUUAAGCGGCAACAGCGGGCGGGUCUCGGCUGGGCCAUCCUGACCGCCGUCAUCUUCCUCGUCUGGGGCUUCGGAUGGGACGUCCAGAAAGACUACGAACGCGGCUCGCUGGCUACUAAGAUGGAUUGGAACGACUCCGGCUACUUGGGUAGAGUCUGGCUCUACAUCUUUUAUGGCGUCACUGAUUCGAUGUGGCAAACAUACGCAUACUGGAUUAUGGGUAUGUUAGCCGAUGACCCACGAGACUUAGCUCCCCUCGUCGGAUUUUACAAAGGGAUCCAAUCGGCGGGCGCCGCGGUGAUCUUCAGGAUCGACUCCAACCAAGCCUCCUACCACGCCAUCUUUAUCUCGUCCUGGGGCAUAUUGGCAUUAGGCUUGUUCUGCCUCAUCCCGUUACUUCUCUUCCGGAUCAAAAACGAUGAAAUGCUGCCGCCUAGACACAAAGUACCUCAAAACCAUCAACCAUCAACUACUUUUAAAUUAGAAAAACAGUCCGUUUGA